UCUGGGGACCAGGGUCUGUCUGCACAGGAACUUGCAGGAGCAGGAGGGCCCCACAGUUAUCAAUUCCUCAGAACAUCAAGGAGGACCCAGCUCUCCCGCGAGCUCAGUCGUGGGAGCCGCUGCUGGGCUCCGUGUGGCCGGCAGGUCUGUCCUGCUGUGGAGCCGGCGAGGAGACACGGCACCAGCAGCCUAGUGUCCAAAGGGCAGGGCUCUGCUCAGCAAAGAGCACCAGGAGGCAGCAUUCACCUGGUGAACACUGAUCACCGCUCCCUGGGAACUGUUUCCUCCUUUCUUACCUGUGGCUGAAUCCCUGCCGAGCUCCUCGGGUCCCUGGCACGCAUGUCUGCUGGGGGGUCAGGGACAAGCCUCAGUGGCUGUUCCAGCCCAGCGGGAGGCAGGUCCGUCUCCACGGCGCACAAUGUCCGGCUCACGGUCAGCCACUUCCCUUCGGGCCCCCUGGGAAGGACCAUCUUUGCUGUCAUCGCUGGUUUGUGAGAGAAGAGAACCUCUCAAUCCAGGAAUUUGGCUCAAAGCCCCUCACUUUCCCGCUGCAGGUGGCUCCCAGCGUGAACUUGAGCACAGUCCAUCUCAGUCCAUCGUGAAGACACAGAUCCCGCUCAUUCUCACCUGGAGUGGAGGCCCAGCCCCACCUGCCGGAUCCCAGCGCUGCCCUGCAGGCUCUUGGGAACUCAGGCUUUCUCUCAGUCCCUGGCUGCACUACUUACUGGAAGAUGGAAGAAGCCAGUGUGGGAAGAAUCAGGGAAGGAACAUUCCAUACAGAGGGAGCGGAAGUGCAAAGGCCCUGGGGCAGAAAGAUCUUCCUACGGCUUUCUCUCUGUCCCUGGCUGCACUACUUACUGGAAGAUGGAAGAAGCCAGUGUGGGAAGAGCCAGGGAAGGAGCAUUCCACACAGAGGGAGCAGAAGUGCAAAGGUCCUGGGGCAGAAAGAUCUUCCUAUGGAGGAGAUGUGCUGGGGCCGGAGCAGGCGUCCGCUGUAAAAUCAAUGGCUCAUUAGAGGUCACCUGUGCACCCACCCCUGCCCUGAGAGUCCAUUAAAAUUGACUGGGACAGAGCAAGACUCAACCUACAGGGGGACGGCAGGCGGGGCCCAGGUCCUUUCUGCAGGGGCCGCACUCCAGGGCCCCAGCUCAGCCCCAGGGCCCAGGCAGCCUUGCUGAGUCCCUGCGGGAAGGAGACCCCCUGAAAAGGAAACGCAGCUUUGCUAUUUUCCGAGACUGAACCUACUCGUGGCUGCAUUAGAGCGUGACGGCUAACGCACAGAGUCCGGAUCCAGAGCUGGUUUGCAUUCGCUUCCUGCCAGCAGUGUGACCUUGGGCACCUUCCCGUGAGCGUUCUGGGUCUCAGUGUCCUCGUCUAUGAAAUGGGGCAAUGAUAGGUUUCUGUGGGUUUCUCAGAGGAUUAGAAACAUGUUCCCCUAAGAGCACUUAGAACAGUGCCUGCGUGUGAGCUAGUAUUUCCAUUUGAGUCCCUGUUGUUCAUAGAUGGUGGAAACUUGACCUCAGACCAUUUGGGGCUGACCAGUCCCCUUUUCUGAGGAUUUAUGUGAUACCAGGUGUCAGCUGGGACCAAUGUGGUUCUUAGGCACCAUCUCUCUGAGCCGGCACUGGCUGAGACACAGCCACACUUCAGCCUGGGGCCUGAGUUGGCUCAAGCAGUUGCCAUGGACUGGUGCCUGUCCCUCCUAGCCUGACUGUUCACCCUGCUCUCUCCAUAACACCUGGGACACUUGGAAGUGACCCCACAGUUCUGGCGCUGGGGGGAACUAUUGCUCUCUGCCAUCCCCCAAGACCUGAUGGCUAAGGGCAAAGGUUGCACAGGCAGGUGCCUGAAGGGGUGGGCUAGUAGCCUGGCUGGGUGCGUGGGCUGGUGCGGGGCUGCAAGGGGCGUGUGCCCUGUGCUUAGGAGUGGCUGCUCCUCAGCUCUGUCAUCUUGUAGUGUGAGGGAAGCCAGGGGCUGUGGGGCCUACUUUUCUGGUUUUGAAUGAGGCCAAGGUUUUUUAUGUAAAAUAGUUUGUGGGUGUAUGUUUUUAAUAUUGGCAAAAAAACACAAUUUUAAAAAGCAGCAUGUAAAGGCAAA